CAAAACCGACUCCAUAGACAUUUCCAUCUCUCUCUCUCUCUCUCUAAAUGGGCUGCUGCGGCGACGACGACGACGACGACCGGGAGCAUCCACCCCGGACCCCCGAUCUCUCUCCGCUGCCGUCCUCCACCGCCGCCGCCGCCGCCGCCUCCGCCUCCUCCUCCGCCUCCGCUGCCGACGAUUCCACCAUCUCGCCGAUGAACUCCCACUUCUCCGCCCUCGCCUGCCACGACACCCUCCGGCUCAUCUUCGAGAAGCUCUCCGUCCGGGACCUGGCCCGCGCGAGCUGCGUCUGCCGCAUCUGGAGCUGCGUCGCCUCCGAUCGCGACAUGGUCACCCGAGCCUUCGCGGCCCCCUGGAGGUUGAAGGAGGUGGUCGGCGUCCCGAGCUCGGGUAGCUUCUGGAGGGAUACCGGCAUAGGGAAGUUCGCGAUCUCGCACCGGAUUAAGCGCGGCGAUAGCGUCGCGAGCCUCGCCGUGAAGUACUCCGUUCAGGUCAUGGACAUAAAGCGCUUGAACAACAUGAUGAGUGAUCAUGGUAUAUAUUCGAGGGAGAGAUUGUUAAUCCCCAUAAGCAACCCUGACAUUCUUAUCGAUUCCACAUGCUACAUAGAGCGAGAUAACCAUGCAAGGAGGGAAGUCGCCGUGCUUUACCCAGAAGGCGUCCAGGACAUAGAGAUAAGUUCUUUGCUAAAGAGGACAACCUCUGAACGAGGGAAGAAGAGAAUACUUGACUCGCUUAGGAGGAGCAUGCAGGUUGAUGAUGGGACUGCUCAGUACUACUUGUCUAUCUCUGAUGGUGACCUGAGGGCUGCACUCUCGAAAUUCUCUGAAGACCUUAGGUGGGAGAGACAGGCGGGAUUGGCCUAAAUGAAAUGGUUAGGCAAGAUUAUGGCUGCUUUAAUAAGAUGAAAUGAAUGGUGAUGGCAGCUUGAAGCACGGGACUGGAAUUGAACCUAUUUCUCCAUGUGUGUGAAUCUUCAAUUCCACCAGGCCGCAUCUAUUUCUUUGCAUUCUUAGGGCAACUCCAAGCGUCGAUGAGCGUGUUUCCCCAUCACUCUAUGGAUAGAACCUUGUAUAAUGCAUUUGUAAUUUGCAUUUCAUAGUAAAUAUAGUGUCCUAAAGGAAAAGGGUGGUCGCUAUUGUAUGAUUCUCUGAUCAAGUGAUCAACGUACAUAUAUUUUUAGCCUUUUGCAAAGGAAUGGAGCAUAUGAUUUAUUUAUGCGUGGACUGACUAAUAUAUUUACAGAGUAA